AUGGAUGCGCAGAAUGCCACCGCGGCCGCCUCCAUGAAGCCUAUUGCUUCUUCCAUCUCGGACUCCUUGUCAUCGCGUAACGUCUCUGAGUCUGAUCGGGCAAAGGUGGCUUCCUCCACUUUGGCCAAGGCCUCCGGUAGUUCUCGGCUACCGACCGCUCACUCGAAGGAUGCGAGGCUUUCUUUAUCCAGGCCACCGCCACUGCCAGCAUCAGCGACGCCUUCGCAAUUGCAGUCGUCCAAAGAACUCCCUUCCAAAGAGGCCCCCAAAAGUCCUGCUACCAUCACAGCCGCGUCGUCGUCCUUUAGAGGGGAUGCAUCUAGCACUGCGUCUCGCGAGAAACAAGACGAGGAGGGGGGCGGCACAGAUGGAAACUCGGAGGCGGAGACGAUUGUUUUGUCAAAGGACGGAUCACCAGCGAAGCCUCGAAACCGCAAAGUAAUCAAACACGAGGACAAGCGAAAUGGAGACUGUGGCUCGUCUAUCUCCGCCCACGACGACCAGUCCGUCCCCACACGCAAGCAUAAUUCUGACAGAAAGGAGAACCCGUCUGUCAAGGUCGAAAAGGCACUCCCCACCACAACGAUCGGCGAUGAAAAAGGCGCGUCUACUGAAGGAGGACUUGCUCCGUCUUCGUCUUUGCUGCAAAAAAAGAAAUGCUUGCAGGAAAAACAACUCCAAAGCGGUCAUCACCAGUUGCUGCCAGGGGCUAAGCGCGCCUCUAGCAGCCUAAGCUCUGCGCCUGCUUCUCCGCCACACAGCCGUCAGCCCUCGACGAACCCCCAUUCCGAAUCCGACUCGGACCGUCGGGCUGCCAAGUCACCAAUGCUUUUACUGCCCCCAUCUAAAGACAAGCUGCGACCCACCGAGAAGCUCAUACCCAACAAGAGAAAGGCCCCCAAGGCCGAAUCGGAGGAUGAGGCCGAAAACCGAAAGGCCCGUCGUCAGCGAUUAAACGGCGCCAGCGAAGGUGACAGCACCCCUCACACUGGCAAAGUGAUGAAAAGCCAGCUGCAUCACGGUGGCCACAACGGCAACACCAAGCCACCAACACCCCGUCCGCAGAGGGAGCCAUCACGCAACAGGUCCAUCUCUCCUCAACGGAGGGUGCAUCACCGCAGCCUUUCCACCCAACUCCCGUCUCAGUCUAACGGACUGAGCUCGAAGAAGAAGCGCCCUACUCCUUUGCAGUCUACCGAUUACCACUCGGAUGAGUCUUCGGCAAGCGCAGGGCCCCACAUUCGCAGUUCCAAACCGCGCAGUCUUACGACUCCCGCUACAGCUGAUUCGACCAUGUCCCCAGCCAAAAUCGGACCGCACAAAAAGCACCUCGACGCACACGGGCAGACCUUCCUUGCCCGGGCCUGUGCCCGGGGCGAGUACGACCUCGCAAAGCAGCGUUUGGCUGAACGGCCCGAGGACUUGAACGUCGCCGACUUCGCUGGAAAUACGCCUCUCCAGAUUGCUGCACUUAACGGUUACGGUGAUAUUGUGAAGCUGCUGAUCGACGCCGGGUGCAAUCUAGAUUGCGUCAACCAUGACAAAGACACUCCUCUCCUGGACGCAGUUGAUAAUGGACAUCUUGAAGUUGUCAAGUUGCUUCUCGAUGCUGGCGUCAGCCCCAGAAAAGCAAAUGUUCAUGGCGAAGAGCCGUUAGACCGGGUAAGCGAUGACAUUGAAAACUCUACCGAGAUACGAGCAGCUUUGGUGAGCGCAAGGAAGAGGGAAGGGGAACGAAGGCACACGUCGGAAGAGAACCGCCAUGAGCACGACGAGCCUCGGCUCUCACACGGGCCUGACAGCCCUCGGAGAUCGCCUGCACCGUCUUCAAGCCUCCACUCAGUGGCUAUCAGCCGCAGAGCCGGGACCGCGCGAGCAACGAAAACAAGCAACCACCUGCUGUAUAUGCCUAUGGACGACAAGACCUUGCGCUUGGCAGCCGGCCGGGGUGACGAAGAGACAGUCACACGGAUUCUUCAGGUGCGCGAGGCCUUUGACGACCCGGAGUCUAUGGUUGCUGCGGCGCGUGGUGGCCAUGAUAUUGUCAUGCAACUCCUCCUUGCUCUUGGCCGUGCCAAUCCGGAUCCGGAACCGAUAGCUUCAGUACCUGCCGAACAUGCGACGCCGAUGCUUGCUGCCAUCGGACAAGAAAACCUUAAGGUGGUCAACCUCCUUCUGGAGCAGAACAGCUUCGAUCCUACGAGAAGAUUUCACGGAAGUGCCUAUUACGAAAUCGCACGGCAACGGGCCGGGCCAAAUUGGAAGGAAGAAGAAGACCUCCUGAAAGCCGCCUAUGACAACUUCAAGAAAGGACAUGUCGGCAAGGAUGGAAAGCUCAGAUCUCCUGUCCGUAAAGAUGUGGAGCCAAGGAGGGUUGUGCGUCUCGACCCUAGCGAGGAGUUGUCUCGUGCACACAAGCGCAAGCUUUCGAGCCCAUCGCAAGACAGAGGCAAAAAGGUCAGCGCCAAAUCAACCAUCUCAGCUACCUCGACAAGUCCACAGGAAGAACGACCAUUGCCGAAGCGGUCAGAGCACUCCGGAUCACAAGCGGACGGAAGAUCAUCACCAAAGCGCUCAGGGGCCGGCUCGGUUCCGACGGGGAAGCACAGGCGUGAUGACCGCAGUUCCGCUGUACCGGGCCCCGACCGCGAUACUCCAACACUCCAUCUGAAGCACGUCAAGUCCAAGAAGACGGACCAGGAGGUGGUAGCGAUUUCGUCGGAAGGCGAGACUGUCAAGCCACGGAGAAAGCUAAUCUCCGGAAGAGAACUGAAAGACGAAAAGGAAAAGCAAAGGCGUGCAAGUCUGGCCUCGACAAACACGGCUCCGUCAAAGGAAUCGACCAGCCCGCGUGAGUCACGCUCCGAAGACAACGCAGCAGACAAGGCCCGAGCCGAGAAACAUCGCGAUCGCGACCGCGACCGUGCACGACAGCUCAAGAGCGAAGAGUCUAGGGAAUCACUGUCUGGUACGGACGGAGGCUUAGCUAAACGCUACCGCAUGAGUGAAACCCCUUCGUCAGACAAAGAUGCCGUCGAAGGCCCUAUUAAGAAAAGGAAGCUUGACGGCGACGGCGCCAGCAUCAGUGGGAAGGAGAGGAAGGUUUCCAAAGUUAAUGGACCGUCGGACGAUGCUAUCAUCAGGUCAAUUCCUAGUUCCUCAUCGCGCGACACACCGAAGAGCGUCUCGAAGCGGCGCGACGACGACGACCGCAAAGGAUUGCCGUCCUUGUUGAAGACAAAGAAGCGGGACUCGUCAUCUGAUCGUGGCCGGAAGAGCUCGACAAAGCUACUGGCUAACGAGAAGAGCAUUCACGUCAAAUCUGAAGAUACAGAUAUCGAAAUGACGGAUGCCGGCAGCGAAGUGCGCGCCUCCGGCGGUUCGGACGCAGUCCGAACAAAUAGCGAGAUCCGGGUUCUGCAACGAGCGAGGGAUGAUGAGAGGAAGGCAGCUCAAGCGGAAAUCCAAGUUGCUGAGGUGUCAAGGAAGAAGGAGGAAGAGGCGAAGCGCCUUCGCCAGGAAGAAGAGGGGAAGCGCAAAAGGGAAGAGGACGACAGACGGAAGAGAGAAGAUGAGAGGUGUAAGCGGGAGGAAGAGAGCAAGCGGAAGGAGGAAGAGGUGCGAAAGAAGAGAGAGGAGGAAGAAAGGAACGAGAGAGAGCGCAAGAGGGUAGAAGACGAGGAGCGGAAGCGCAAGGAGGAAGAACGGAAGCGAAAGGAAGAGGUCGAACGGAAACGACGAGAGGACGAAGAGAAGCGGAAGCGCGCAGAGGAAGAGCGGCUGCGCCAAGAACAAGUGGCAAAGGAAGCAGCGGAAGAAGCUCGCCGGAAACGAGAAGAUGACGAGCGCAAGGAGCGCGAACGCCAAGAGCGCGACCGGAAAGAGAGGGAACGAGUCCGCGCAGAGCGAGAAGCAGAGGAAGUGCACCGACGCCAAGUCGAGGAGGAGGAACGUGUCAGGAUCUCCAAGCUUCCGGCACUGCUGCAGUGGCUCUGCCAAAGCACAAACUGCCGUUCGUCGACGACUGCGCACAAGUUCCGCAUGAUGCAGGGCGUCCGCUACGACUGCAUCAAUCCGAGCGCGACCGGGGCGGCGAUCGGGCGGGAGCAGUGGCUACUGAACACGCAGGCAGCCCUGAUUCUCGGGGACAAGGACCUGAGCCUGGCCAAGUACCCGUCGUGGCAGCACGCCCCGGUGUCGAUCAUUGCGAAGCGGAUCAUCUGGCGCCUCGAAACGGACCGGUAUGCGUUGACGGAGCCGGAUUUGUAUGAUUUGGGCAAGCAGCUGCCCGACUACUACGAGGGAUCGGAUCCGGACACGAUGAGCUACCAGGUGGUCGAGAGGCUCCGUGGCGAAGCUUGGGAAAAGUUUUCUGCCACGGACAUGUUCUUUGUCAAGGCUUCUGAUGUGAUGAGCAUCGUCCCGAACUUCCCCCAUCUGCGCGACGUCCGGCUCGUCAUGGCUUACCGAGAGUUGCCCGAAGACGAGGCGCAGCUGUCGACAUUCAAGGUGACGCAGAAGUGGAAGAACGAUCCGGAUGGAGAUCGGUUUUACGGAUUCGCACCACGGAACAAAUACUACAUUAAUGGGCAGAUGGUCAAGGAGGAACGGCCGGGCUUCAGUGCCGUCAGCAAGACGCCUUUUCCCGAGGUCCGUGUGCCACGUCGUCGUGGGAUUGUUGCAGUGUCUGUCGACGACCCGGACUACAGGCGUCUGUGCAAGGAACAGGGCAUUGAGCCGGUGGCCAUGGCCUCUGAUGCUCAGUCGCCGGUGCACACAACUGGCGUCGCCCUCUCCCCCAAGUCAGUGGCGGCCAAGACCAACGGCAAGACGGCGCACUCACAAGAUGGUCUGAACGGCGACACUGUUGAUCUUAUGCAGACCAGCCCUCUUUCGACGGCACAGAAGACACCUCGCCAAGUCAACGGUAUUAAUGGCACCAACGGCACCAACGGCACCAAUGGCAUCAAUGGCAUCAAUGGGCACAGCUAG